AUGGCGUUCCCCAACCCCAACCCCGACCCCAACGAAGCUCAACCAUGGCAGCACGAGUACUUCGAGACCCAGAAAUCUUUCAUGCGUCGAAAUGAACAGACAUCCCAGAGUAAUUGGCAUAUCAAUUACGACUAUCCCCGAGAAGGGAGACCUCAAGCAGCCCCGGAAGCUCCUAGGAAUGCACUACAGCCGGAGAAGACCGAGCUGGUAGAAAACAACACAGAUAAGGACACAGAAAGAGAAAAAGAAGUUGAACUCCAGCCAGAUUCUCUAAUGACAGACAAUAUCGCAGAAGAGGAUGAAGAGCCUGGUUCUUCCUCAAGCGCAGCAGAGGACAGUAGUGACGAAUCAGAUGAAGAUCAAGAAAAGGUGCCCGAUCAAGACCCGGAUGAGAUUGGAUUCUCUGCACAACUUAGAGAGUUUCUUCGGCCCAAUUUCAGCGCAGUGUUGACUGGCAGAACGGAGGCUGUCUAUACUUUACCAGAAGGCGCAGAUGAUGAAGAUGAAGAUGAAGAUGAAGAUACAAGGAAAGUCAACGAGCCAUGGGACAACACCAGAUGGGGCCAUCUUACAGACCGUCGUCACAAGCCCAGAGCGCCAGGAGUGCACAGAGGCCCCCGAAAAGCUGCUCCGAUGACACCAGAAAUUUCAAUGCUACUAUCUCAAGCCAAUGAUUCAUUUCAAGAGCAGAAUUAUCAUACCGCCGCAAUGUUUGCCCUGGACGUUAUUCGCAUCAACGCUGAAACCCAGCAAGCCUGGACUACGCUCGCUACUAUCUGGCAGGAGGCUGGAGAAAAAUCACACGUUGCGAAGUGUUUGGUGUAUGCAGCUCACUUACAGCCCACCGUUGUAUCUUCUUGGAUGUCGGCAGCUAGAUAUUGUCUGUACGACACAGGGUCCGAGAAGGAACUCUUUCUCGAAACUGCAAUUGCUUGCUACGGGGCCGCAGCUCGUGCUGAUCGCCGGGAUCCAACAGAAGCACGUGUGGGGCAAGCAGAAGUAUGUAUUGAGAUGGGCAAACCUGGCAGCGCAGCCAUUGCUUAUGCGAAGGCCCUCAAAACAUCACCCACCAACCUCGAUAUUUUGAGGAACCUGGCUGAGGUAUGCGUGGAUGCAGACCAAGCCCAAUUAGCCAUCGACGAAUGGGCGAAAGCAAUCAAGAUCUUAAAGGCUGCACCUGACGACGCCCCGCUCGAAUUCUCUUGGGAAGAUUUAUCUACAUAUAUCACGCUGUUCGAGGACAUCCGCGACAGGAAAGCUGUGAUCAGAGAAAUCAAGUCAGUUGGCCGAUGGCUAAAUGGUCGCGAAAAGGAGAGUUUCUGGGACAAUGUUGAAGAGAAUGAUUGCGAGUGGGAUGCUGAUGACUCGAGGAGAAAAGACAUCCCAGGUUUCGUUGAAAUGGCAGAAAAUGGCACGCUUAUGCCACUUGAAAUCCGCGUCAAACUCGGGAUGAACCGACUUUAUUUAGAAGACUAUGAGGAAGCGAUGGUACAUCUCUCUUGUCUGGAUCCCCUAGGAGGGUCAAAAAUUGCCGACUACCACCAUCUCUUUCGCGAAGCAGCGGACGCCAUGUUCGAAAGAGAGCGUCACGAAACGGCAAUGGUGUUUUACAAGGCCCUCAAAACUCAUGGAAUCGAGGUCGACUGCGAAAUGAUGACUGCAAUGGCCAGGUGUCUAGCUACAUUGGGCGAUGACAUCGAAGCCAUUGCCCACUACGAGGAGGCGCUGGUACUCGAUCGCACUGAUGUUGACAGCCGAAUGGAGCUAGCGAAGAUAUACGAAAGACAUGAACAGUCCGCCAAAGCGUUUGCCCUUGUCAACGAGGUGAUGAAUAUCCACAAGAGCAAUCGAGACGAUAAUGCCCCUCGUCGCAAGCGAUAUAUCAAGAAGGCACUGAGUCAGGACAAAGCUGUAGAGUCUUUCCUGAGGCCCGAUUUCGGUGCUACGGUUCCAGGACGUCGUCGGCGUGGAAAGGGGCGUAAAGAACAUGUCCCUAAGAUUUCAGGCGGUCGCCGUAAGCGGAGGGCGGAUGAAGACUAUGAGGCUGUCAUCGACGAAGCGAGGGCUUUACAACAACAGUACAAAGUCAUGACUGAAAACGUUUCAGGGAUGAGGCAGGGGGAUAUGGAAUGUACACGUGCUUGGGUCGAAGCGGCUACUGCGCUUACAAAUGAUUUCAGAAUGUUCAGGGACUUCUACCCCUGGGAGAGCAUCAAGAAGUUUAUGGGGUAUUCUGACGAUACACUUGUACAAGUUCAAACUCCGCUCGAUAAGGAAAUUGAAUCCAUGGCUGAGCGCCUCGCCAAAGGUCUCAAUGUAGAGAUAGCUGAUAACAAGAAGCUUGCUUCGGCUAGCGAAAUCCCAAAAGACUACCGUGGUCUUUCCUUUGAAAAAUGGCUGGACACGUUUCUCGAACUGGCCAUGUGCCUUGCGAAGUAUGGGUACUCUUUGGAGGCGUACGCUAUAUGCGAAGCUGCCAAAGACUGUGUUGUAUGGAUGCAUAACCGCGAGGACAUGUUUCUCAUCUCCACGGCCUGGGGUAUGUGUUCCCUGCUUUCGAAUGACGAGCAGACCGCUAUAAAGGUUGUGCAGGAUUUUGCGAAGAAAUACCAAUUCACUACUGAUGCUUACCGGCUCGUGUCUGCUGUUGCCCGAGUCUGCCACUCGCCUGUCUCGUGGUAUUGCGCAGGCCCAAUGCAGAAGUUUGUUCUUCGAGAGGUCAAGACCAUGGACUUGCCACUAGUCGACGACGCGACUAAGAAGAAGUACCAUAAAAGCGCUGGGGGUAUUACCAACCUUGAAAACCAGAGGAACACGGAUAUGGACAUCAACCUUUUGAUGCUAUACGGCUACAUCCUCUUCUCCAGUUGCAGCUACAACUUAGCUAUCAACUACUUCCUACGAUGCUACGCAAUGGAUCCUGAAAAUCCAGUCAUCAAUCUCAUGAUCGGCCUCUCCUACAUCGCCGACUGCUUGAAACGCCAAACAGAGAACCGACUGUACAGUAUCCUCCAGGGUACUACUUUCAUGCACACCUACUACGCAUCUCGCAAAACCUCUCCCCAUCUCGAAGAGCGUCAAGAGGCCCAUUACAACAUGGGCAGAGCGUAUCAUAUGCUUGGGCUUCCACACCUGGCGAUUCCGUACUACCAGCAGGUCUUGGAUGAGGUUGUAGAUGGCGCCGCACGAAUGGGUCGCGACGAUUUGGUUACCGACACUGCGUAUAAUCUGCAGACGAUGUACGCAAAUGCUGGGAACCUGGAGAUGGCGAGACAGAUAACCAAGCGCGUUCUUUCCCAUUCGCACGAUAGACAUGUGCUGACCAUAUGUGACAGAUAUCCGGGCGACUGUGUUUUGUUCGACUUUGACAACGGACACGUACCACAACUCACCGGGUAUCAAGUUCUAUGGACACUCGAUCUUCUCAACUGUGAUGACUAG